GCAAGCGUAACACUCAGGAUUGGUCGUGUUCUUUGUUGUUGUUGUUGUUUUCUGGCAUAGCCAUGGCUGUCCCAGAACCCAAAACCCACGUGGCAUUGCUGGUCAGCCCCGGAAUGGGUCAUCUAAUUCCCUUCCUCGAGCUGGCCGACCGUCUGGUCCUCCACCACAACCUCCAAACCACCCUCUUUGUCGUUAACACUGACUCCUCCUCCGCCGCCGAUGCCCUUCUCCUCCAAAAAUCCUCCGCCGUCAACAUCGUCCCUAUUCGUCACUCCUCACCCAGCCUAGACCCAACCGUUCCCGUCGUCGACAGAAUCAAGGCCAUGAUGACUGCCUCUUACCCCCACGUUCGGUCCUACAUCGCCGCCGUUGAGCCCCGUCCGGUGGCGCUGAUCGUUGACCUUUUCGGAACUGAAGCUAUAGCCAUGGCCCACGAACUUGGCAUGUUGGGCUUUGUUUUCAUGCCCACCAGUGCAUGGUUCCUCUCGCUUUUUUUCUUUUUCCCAUGUAUGGACAAACAAAUGCUUGACGCCCACGCGUACAACCACGAACCGCUGAGAAUCCCGGGUUGCAGCUCGGUCCGGUUCGAGGACACUAUCGAUGCAUUGGAGGUGAGUCUGGAGGAAGUCCAUGAGGAAUUACGACGUGUCGCACGGGAGCUUGGAAUGGCGGAUGGGAUCUUGGCAAACACGUGGCAGGAUCUGGAGCCCACAACGCUAAAAGCAUUGAACGAAGCUGGGACCCUCAGUAAUGGGAAAGUCAAUAAGGUACCGAUUUAUCCAAUUGGGCCGUUGGCAAGACGUGGCGAGCCCAAUUUGGAGAGCGAGGUGUUGAGUUGGCUCGACCGGCAACCGGAUGAGUCGGUGAUACACAUCUCGUUUGGGAGUGGAGGGACGUUAUGUGCGGAGCAAAUCACAGAAUUGGCAUGGGGGUUGGAGCUGAGUCAGCAGCGGUUUGUUUGGGUGAUACGCCCACCAGCAGGGACAGAUCCCAUGGGAGCAUUUUUCACGGUGGAAACGGAAUCGACGGAGAAGACGCCGACGGAAUACCUGCCGGAAGGGUUUUUAAAAAGGACGGAAGAGGUGGGUUUGGUGGUUCCGAUGUGGGGUCCACAAGCGGAGAUUUUGAGGCAUAGAUCGGUGAGGGGAUUUGUGACGCACUGUGGGUGGAAUUCGUCGAUAGAAAGCAUGGUGAAUGGAGUGGCGAUGGUGACGUGGCCUCUGUACGCGGAGCAGAAGAUGAACGCGGUGAUGCUGACGGAGGAGGUGGGGGUGGCAGUUAGGGGACGGGCGGAGGGGGUGGUGGGGAGGGCGGAGAUAGAGAGGUGGGUGAGGCGGAUAAUGGUGGAUGAAGAAGGGCGGGGAAUCAGAGAGAGGGUUAAAGCCGUUAAAAAUAGUGGGGAAAAGGCGGUGUGUAAGGGUGGGUCGUCGUACAAUUCGUUGGCUCACGUGGCAUCCGAAUGCCAUCGUCGGAGAGCGGAGGGUGUGUAGAGGUUUCUAUACUAUUAUAAAAAAUGUUUAGUUCCCUCCUUAAUAAAUGUUCAAUAAAUAUGGAAUCUCAUAGUCCACGCUUA